AUGUCGGACAACAAGGAAAUCGAUUAUACUCUGGCUAACCCAGACACUCUCACCAAGUACAAGACUGCUGCUCAGAUCUCUGAGAAGGUCCUGGCCGAGGUCUCAAAGCUUGUCGUCCCCGGCGCCAAGAUUGUCGACAUUUGCCAGCAGGGUGAUAAGCUGAUCGAGGAGGAGAUUGCCAAGGUCUACCGAGGCAAGAAGAUCAACAAGGGCUUCUCCCAUCCCACCACGGUCUCCCCCGCGUCCUACGUCACUCCCUACACUCCCCUUACCUCCGACGAGGCUGAGGCCGGUAUCGAGAUUAAGGAGGGAGAGCCCAUCAAGAUCCAGCUCGGUGCCCAGAUCGAUGGCUUCGGCUCCAUCGUUUGCGACACUGUCGUCGCUACCCCCGAGGACAAGGCUGGAGAGCCCGUCACUGGCCGCACCGCCGAUCUGAUCCUGGCCAACUACUACGUCAAUGAGCUGCUCCUGCGACUCAUGAUCCCCCCUGGCCUCCUGGCCCAGGGAACCGACGAGGAGAAGGCCAAGGCUGCCGCCCAGAAGGCCCCUACCCAGUCCAAGAUCACCAGCCUCCUGGAGAAGGUUACCAAGGCCUACGAUGUGAACCUCGUCGAGAGCACCACCUCGUGGCUGUUUGACCGCAAUGAGAUCGAGGGCAGCAAGAAGAUUGUCCUCGCCCCCGCCGAGGGCACCAAGGGCGACGGUACCCCCGAGAUCAGCGAGGUCUGGGGUGUCGAGGUCGGUGUCAGUCUGGGUUCCGGCAAGGUCAAGAGUAUCGACCAGCGACCCACCCUCCACCGCCGUACCAACCAGACCUACGGUCUCAAGCGACCUACCUCUCGCAAGAUCCUCUCCGAGGUCCAGAAGAAGUUCGGAACUUUCCCCUUCAGCUUGCGACAGCUUGAGGAUGAGCGUGAUGCCAAGUCUGGUGUCGUCGAGUGUGUCCGCGGUAACGUCUUCCGCCAGUACGAGCUGGUUGGCGACAAGGACAACGCCCAGGUUGCCCGAUACCUCACCACCAUUGCCAUCACCAAGAACGGCAUUACCAAGCUGGGUGGACCCCCUCCCCUGAACCUGGAGAAGUACCAGUCGGACAAGAAGAUCGAGGACGAGGAGGUUCUCAAGAUCCUGGAGCAGCCCAUCGCCCGAAACACGGGCAAGAAGAAGAGCAAGCCCAAGAAGAAGGCCAAGAAGGAGGGCGAGGCCGAUGCCGAGUAA